AACAACAACCACAGCAGCAGCAGCAGCAGCAGCCAAUUCUAAGGUACGGUCACCGUCUCACUUUCAUCGUCUUCAUUCUCACUUCCUCACUUCCCACCCACUUCCAUCUCUUCACUUCCCCACUUCCCCCCAUUUUUCAUCAUCAUCAUCUUCCCAGAAACACAGAGCCACAAAAAAGGUGUUUUUUUUCGGCAUUCCUUCUCUCCAUGGGAGACCCUUCCAAGCAUCUCCAGAACAACAAUUUUGUCUCCGAUCUGAAGGCUUUGUUCCCGGUUCAGAAGACGAGGAAGACGAAGAUCUUUGUCUAUGGCUUCAUGUUUGCGUUCAUUGCUUGUACUGCGUUCCUCGCCUUCAACUCUUCCGGAAGCGCUUCCCCCUGGUUCAAUAGUUUGUUCAAUUCCUAUUCCACUUCGGCUUCUUCUUAUAGAUCCCAGGUUUCCUCCAUCUUUUCCUAUAUUUUUCCCAACUCCUCCCUUACUGCGAGUGCUGGGGCGUCUGUCAGUGAAGUGAGGGUUGAUGAUGGGAAAAAAGAUGGGAUCUUGGGGAGGAAUCAGACCACCGGGAGUGGAGUUUCAGAGAAGGAUAAGGGAAAGAGUGUUGAGGGUUUGGCCAAGAAUCAAACUGAAAAAGCAGUUCCUGUGAAGGAUCAGGGAAAAGAGAGUGUUGCGACUGAAAAAGGUGCAGUCUUGGAAGGGAAAAACCAGACAGGAAAUGGAGUUCAGGCGAAGAAUCAGAAGGGAAAUGGAGGUCAGGCGAAGACUCAGACGACAAAUGGAGUUCCAGCGAAGAAUCAGACGGGAAAUGCAGUUUCAGCGAAGAAACAGACGGGAAAUGCAGUUCCGGCGAAGAAUCAGACAGUAAAUGCAGUUCCGGCAAAGAAUCAGACCGGAAAUGCAGUUCCAGCGAAGAAUCAGGCAGGAAAUGCAGUUCCUGGGAAGAAUCAGCCGAGAGAAGGCUCAGGAUCAAAGAAAGAUGGAGUCUUGGAGGGAAGAAACCAAUCCAAAACUGGAGUUUCAGAUAAGAAUAGCACUGGAAGUGGAGUUACGGCAUCAAAGAACACUUCCAAACAGAGUGGGGUAUCAGGGAGCAAUAAGAACAAUACAAAGGUUGAGUCUAAAGGAAAUGUGGCUUUAACAAAGAAUGAAACAGCUCCAAAGAAGAGUGGAAAUUCGACAAUCAAUGUAACCAAAGGGGUUCCCAGUGGAGCAGCUGUUGUAAACCUCACUGCUUCACUGAAGAAGGGAAAUGGUUCAUCUUCAUUGAGUUCCAACGGCAGUGCUGACAAGAAGGGAGAUGAUUGGAUCAAAAGUAUGAUUGGUUGUGAUAUAUUCCAAGGGAGAUGGGUGAAGGAUGAUUCUUAUCCUCUUUACCCUGAAGGUUCUUGUCCUCAUAUUGACGAACCUUUUGAUUGCUUUCUUAAUGGAAGGCCUGACCGAUCAUACCAGAAACUCCGAUGGCAGCCCAAUGGCUGCAACAUCCCAAGGUUGAAUGCAACUGAUAUGUUGGAACGAUUGAGAGGAAAGAGGCUUGUUUUUGUUGGCGAUUCACUGAAUAGGAACAUGUGGGAGUCACUUGUUUGUGUAUUGAGAAACUCUGUUAAGGACAAAAAGAAGGUUUUUGAGAUGUCUGGUAGGCGGGAAUUCCGAACAGAAGGUUCAUAUUCCUUCUUAUUCAAGGAUUAUGGCUGCACGAUCGAGUUCUUUCGAUCACCAUUUCUUGUUCAGGAGUGGGAGGUGCCGGAUAACCAUGGCCAUAAGAAGGAAACACUAAGGCUAGAUACAAUUGAGAAAUCUUCCUUCAAAUACAAGGAUGCUUAUGCAAUCAUAUUUAACACCGGCCAUUGGUGGACUCAUGAGAAAACUUCUAAAGGGAAAGAUUAUUACCAAGAAGGGACCCAUGUUUACGGUGAACUAAAAGUUAUUGAAGCAUUUCACAAAGCUCUGAAUACAUGGGCAAAGUGGGUGGAUACCAAUGUGAACCCGAAGAAAACUCUGGUUUUCUUCCGGGGCUAUUCAGCGUCUCACUUCAGUGGAGGGCAAUGGAAUUCAGGUGGAGCUUGCGACAGAGAGACAGAACCCAUCAAGAAUGAGACCUAUCUUGCACCUUAUCCGCCGAAAAUGGGCGUUCUGGAAACAGUGCUUAAAGAGAUGAAAACUCCAGUCACUUUCAUGAACAUCACUAGAAUUACUGAUUAUAGGAAAGAUGCACAUCCCUCCAUCUACCGGAAGCAAAACCUUUCCGAUGAGGAGAGACGAGCACCAGAAAGGUACCAAGACUGCAGCCAUUGGUGCUUACCUGGAGUUCCGGACAUUUGGAAUGAGCUACUAUAUGCACAGUUACUGAUCAAACAAUAUCAACAGAAGCACUAAGCAGAUAAAAAAUAAGUGGUAACAGUAAAAGUAAUGCCUUUUGUAUAUUAUUUGCCACACCAAAGAAAUGAAUAAUUAAGGUUGAGAAGAAAGCAAGUUUGAGCUGAAUUGAUGGGAGUUUUGGCAAAAAAAAAAAAAGAAGAAAGAUUAUAGAUAGGUUAUAUUAUUCGUUUGGUCAGAGAGGGGUAAGGUGAUUUACUUCCAACCUUUCCUGUCUCUGCUUCAUAUUUUUUUUCUCUUCUUUAGAAUGUAAAGUCAUGUUUUGAGUUUAUUGAAUAAAACAUCAAUAUCUGAUUAUUUUGAA